GUAUCGAUUCUUUACCAUACUUCCUGAUGCUCUGUAAAUAUUAGGGUGUCAAAGUUAGACUCCCAACGCAUAGCUGCAGUCUUCGUUGUCUUUGUGGUGUGGAACAUAUAUUCCCCGUUGAACAGUAGUGAUGCACUUGCAAAAGAAUACAGAAAGAAAUUACAUACAAUUAGGUAACAUAACAUCCUUAGAUGAUGAGAGACGUCAUUGUGAAAACGCGACCAAGAAAUGGAAACCGAAAGGGGUGUAAUGUACCAGGCUGGAGCUGAGAAAACGAAUCUCAACUUGACGUAGUUUUGAGGAAGGGGCGGACCUCUCAGCUGUUAAAAACAUAGCUCCGGGUGGAUAGCGGUGCACAACGAACUCCUGAACGACACACGUCGUUGCAGUAUCGAAGAUACAAUUAAUCUCAGUCUUGCUAAAAGUCUCUCACUUUCUGGACACCAGAUACUACUGAUCGUUGAAAACAUCGACACCGAAAAUCAAAUAUAAUAUAAAGGUCCUCAAGAAUUGUCAUCAUGGACCUAACGAUCACAUUCCUGAAUGGGCAAAGCUUCUCCCUGUUCGUGCAGCUGCACACCACCGUCGGAGAGCUGAAAAAUGAAAUUCAAGCCCGAGCGCAGGUGCCCCGCGGGAAACAGCGGUUAACUGCGCAGAACGGUCAGAGAAUAGACCUUACCGACGACGCAAAAACUCUGCAAGGCUAUGGGCUGCGUUCAGGAACCAUGGUCAUGGUGCUGAUCACGGAACCUGCUUCCAUUCAGGUGUUCCUAAAAAACGAUAAGAAUCAGACGCAUACCUACGAUGUUUCUCCGGAUGAGACAGUCUCCGAGUUCAAGCGCAAGGUCUACAAUAAGGAGAAUGUCCCGGUCGACCAGCAGAGGCUGACCUACGGAAGCAGGCAGCUGGAGGAUGGUCGUAAACUGGAAGACUACGGCAUCAAAGCUGGGAGCACUAUCCACCUUCUGCUGCGUCUCAGAGGAGGCCGUUUCUGACUCAACAUGCCAGUUUCCAUAUUUUAGAUAUUCUGCCACAUUUUAAUUAGUCUAAGUCAGUUAAUACAUGUCAAACACAUUUAAAACAAAUAGAAAUGGGCUAUGUUGUUAAGAUGUACUUCAUUUAGUGACCACUUAAUUGUGACUAUGCUCAAGGAUCUUUGUUUUUCAGCUUUGUGCAUUUGUUUUAUUCUGUCAUGUCCUGUGCCUUACUUUCUGAGAA